AUGAGUUUAAGGAUCAUCAGAAAAAAACCGGACACGAGGAGUUCUAGAGGAAGUCUGGACAGAGAAGAAGGUGGACUCCAACCACCGACAGGAAACCAGCACAUAUACCAGCCCGUUGGCAAACCAGAGCAUGCGGCGCCCCCAAAGAAACCCCCUCGACCCUCAGCCCAGAGCCAGCUGGGCGGCCUGGCCUGCCUGAAUACUGGAGACAGCUACAACGACGGAGUCAAGCCCUGGAGGCUGCAGCCUCAGGAGAUCAGCCCGCCUCCCACCGCCAACCUGGACCGCUCCAACGACAAGGUGUACGAGAACGUGACGGGAUUGGUGAAAGCUGUGAUCGAGAUGUCGAGCAGGAUUCAACCGGCGCCUCCAGAGGAAUACGUUCCCAUGGUCAAGGAUGUGGGUCUGGCAUUGAGAACGCUAUUGGCCACAGUGGAUGAGACUCUACCUCAACUUCCUGCCAGUACACACAGAGAGAUCGAGAUGGCACAGAAGCUGCUAAACUCUGACUUGGCAGAGCUGAUUGGGAAAAUGAAGUUAGCCCAACAAUAUGUGAUGACCAGCCUGCAGCAGGACUACAAGAAGCAGAUGUUGACGGCGGCUCACGCACUCGCGGUCGACGCCAAGAACCUGCUGGACGUCAUCGACCAAUCGCGGCUGAAGAUGAUGGCCCAGUCCCGCCCACAUUAGCCCAACGCCCGCCCAGCUGACCAACAGCAGCAUCACUGUGGUUUCUGUUGGCGGUGCAGAGCUAAAGACUCCUGGAUGAGUGACGUCGGUCAUGAUGGAGAGAACAGUCCGCGAAGAAUCAUUAGAAUCUGGGAAUAAAAUCUCCACCACUGUGACUUUGUCAUACAAGAACAGAGCAAAAACACUUCCUGAAUCAGGGACUUGGCAGCUUCGCUCUCUUUGGACUGGAACACAGUGAAGAAAGGAGGAAAAGCAACGAGGAAGAGAGGAAUAAACUGCAGCUCUGGGCCUGAGAUCAGUCUGAUUCCACAGUCAGAAGCUUCAUCUAUCGUGGGAGGGCUUGGGUCUCGUUGACAUCGAGUGGAUUUACAGCUUUUAGACAGAACCAUCGGACGCUGACAACAUAUCUGCAUGAAGCUUCACAGUGAGGAUGGACUUCACAUCAGCCAGCAGCCACUUAAUGACGUUGAUCUGUUGUUUUGACCGCUGGUACUGAACUCCUUCCUCAGAACAAACCAGAUGUUUUCUCCUCGGGUUCGGGUGGACGUUCAAGAAAACUCAGAGUAAACUCCAGGCUUUUCUUGGUCUCCUCCAUCCAGUCCUGUGUUCCCUCCGUCUCACCAGGUUUUAUUUAUAGACUCAAAUUGCAGAGGAGGAGACGGAGGGAGGAACAGGAAACACAGGACAGCCGAGCAGACCGAACACACAAUCCUCCUCCUUCCUCCCUGUUUCACUCACUUUUACCUUCCUCUCAGUCUUCCUCAGCUCCUCUCUGAGCAGGUUUUAAAGACUCCAAAUGUGAAGAAUCCAACUCUGUCUGGGUACACACUCAACUACUCUUUUUUUAUUGGCUGGCUCCAUGUUUUUUGUGUUGUUUUGAGCAGUCUUCUUCUUCUUCUCCUUCUCCUUCUUCUUCUUCUUCUUCUUCUCCUUCUUCUUCCUCUGUGCUGAAAACAAGCAGAUAUUCAAUCCCAGCAAAGACUGAUGGAAAAAAACAUGGAUUCUGAGGGUUCGGUGUGAAGAGGAGGUUCUCAUGUCUCAGACUGGUCACUGAGCUUUACUUCUUUCCUCUAUAGUCCCAAUAUUGUCCAGAUGUUCCUCAUAUAAAACUAGUGUCACACCUUUAACUGUCUGACCACCCACCAGUGACGCAUACAGUCCUCCCACCUGGAACCUUCGUGCUCCGAGUCCCAGUUUCUGUCAGGUGUAACACUUUAAAAUGUCCCUCCUUAUAACAGUCCCCAGGGAAACAAACACACAUGAAAUGUGGAGCCACAUGACUGGAACUUGUCUUGCAGACACAAAACACUGAACUGAGAAUACAGCAGAUCACAUGUGUUAAUAUCGAGCCCACAUGGAGUGUAAUGACUUACUGCUAUAUGAAUUAUACUGGUGACUGUACUGGUGUAGCAUGAUAUACUGGUACAGAGAAGAGCAUAUUUGCACAGCACCAAAAAAACAAACAAACAAAAAAAAACCCCACAUCCUAACUUUUUUAAUCCUAUUUUACCCAGAUGUGAUUCCCAUGUUUAGCCAGCAAAGAAACUAUCAAAUAUCUGGGUGUUAUAGGGAUUAAAACCUUAAAAAAAAAUCAAUAAAAAAUACAAAAAAAAAAUACAAAAAACAAACAAAACAAUCUAUUUUAUCUCCUUGUUGUUGCGUAAAUCUGCUCAUGUUGGUAUAUUGUAAGCUAUACUGGUGUGUAUCACUGGUGAAUUGUACAGAACUCGUACUAGUAAACACUGGUUUUUAUUUUGUCUGGGCUAAAUCAGCCACCUUGUCAAAUAGGAGGAAAAAAACAAUGAAAUAAAAUAAUGACGAAAUCA